AUGCGUGAAGAGCCGUCGAACUCCGAUGUUUCUGGACUGGUGCGAAGCAAAGAAUUCGAGAAUGUUAUUCACUGUCACCUGCAGCAUUUUGCUGUUUCCGAUGCGAUUGUUUUGGCCGAGCUUUAUCAUGAAACUGUGAAAACUGUUGAUUCGCUGUAUCUAUUUGCUCACUGCCUGGUACGCGGGACACGUAUUGAAGCAGCGUAUAACCUUCUGAAAUUUGAUGGUGUAUGUUCGACGCCGGAAAUUCGUUAUUUGUUCGCCCACUGCUGCUGUUUGUUGGACAAUGAAACUGGUCGACCGGACGAGGCAGCUGAUGAAGCGAAAUUGGCGCUGAAACAGAAUGUAUUCUCGUGGACUAGUUUGAAAACGCUGUGUGAUCUGGGCACUGGCAACCCGGAAAGCAUCUACGCGAGUUUGCUGUCCUCUGUAAAUAAGGCACAUUCAGCGAACAAAACAACAGCUCCAGAAGGCUCGGAAGUGGGAACGCAAAAUGCGCAGCAGCAGCAGCAGCCGAGCGAUAGCCCUCAGAAGAAAAUACAAACUGAUGAAGCGAAAUUGGCGCUGAAACAGAAUGUAUUCUCGUGGACCAGUUUGAAAACGUUGUGUGAUCUGGGCACUGGCAACCCGGAGAGCAUCUACGCGAGUUUGCUGUCCUCUGUAAAUAAGGCACAUUCAGCGAACAAAACGACAGCUCCAGAAAGCUCGGAAGUGGGAACGCAAAAUGCGCAGCAGCAGCAGCAGCAGCAGAGCGAUAGCCCUCACAAGAAAACGCAAAGUACUAAAGAGACUGAACCAAAAAUAAUCCCUCUUCCAACAAAGAAAACUAAAACGGGUGUAGCAACAAGACGUAAUGUCGAAACUGGCAACAUAUCCAGGCGACGUUUGGAGGAAGGUGUAGAAACACGGCGUAGUACACGUUUAUUUGGUGCUUCUCAGGACAGCGAAAAUCAAACUACUGGCAAAAAAAUUUUAACACGCUCACGUGUUGCUGGUCUUUCUACGGGUGGAACACCGCGGAGCUUUCAGGAUAAACAGUUACGGUAA